AUGUCAGGCUUAUCGCAAGCUGGUCGCCAAGUAGCGCGUAUCGCCGUCCGUCAAGCUUCCUCACAUUCCCACUCCAACGAAUCGCAUGCCGUCUGGAAAGAGAUCAACAGACUCGGAAGCGAAGGAAAAUGGGAUAAUGUGAACAAUAUGCCGAAGAUGUUCUUGUUCGGAGAAGCCAAGCAAGAGACAACCGCCGCCUAUCGGGCCAUUAACACAGAUCCCGACUUCUUCCGUCAAUCCCCAUACGGACAAUACAUGAAAAUUGUAUGGCGAUUGGCACUUCUUUUCGGAAUCAUCAAGGCCGGAACCGUCGUCUACGAUUUCGUCGUUCCAGAAGAGCAACGACUCAAGUACAAGUAUCGUAAUCACGGACAUCACGGACACCACGACGACGCUCAUCACUAA